AGAAGAACUCUGAAGAACAUAAAAAUGAAUGAAGAUCAAAUGAAAACAGAGAGUAAAAAGAUUUUCCCAUGCAUCCUUUGCAAAAAAAGAACAAGGCCAAAUGACAGAAAAAAAUGUGAGUCAACAGCAAUCCGUCGCUUCCUCAGAAAGAACUUUCUUGUUGAGGCAAACUCAAAUGACAUUUUGUGCAACAAGUGCAGACAUCGCUACCAUGGAAACCAGAAAACAUGCCAGCAGAAGUCUAGUUCCCUUCCUGUGUGUCAGCCUCUACAACCAGGAAUGUGCAGUCCACCAUCUAUAUCUUUGCCUCUCCAGAGAACACCUUCUUCACAUGCUUACUGCUUAAUCUGCAAGCGACCGGGUCCUAAACUUGUUGUCGUGUCUUCAGCAGCUAGAUUUUCAGCCUUUCUUCACCAUGAAAUCAUCAUCCCACCUGGAAGCAGAUGUUGUCCAUCCCACAUUGAUGAAGGAGAGUUUAGACCUGGUGUUUUGACCAAAAUACAGACAUUCGAGUCUUCAUUUGUAAACAAGUCGACAGUGCUGGAACUGAUCCAAAAAAUACGAAAUUAUGCCCUCCAGACCUAAACAAGCAGAUUUUCUUUUGAACUGUCUACCAUGAGCAACAGUGAUUAUAUGGCACUGACUGGUAUCUCUAAAGAAAACUUUGAAGACCUCCAUUCCUUUAUUUCCAGUGAUAUUCGAAACACACAAAACCGAGGCACAAGGAUGUCACUUGGAAUCUUUCUUCUGAAACUGAGAUCAGGAAUGUCAAAUCAACUUCUGGCCACGAUUUUUGGAAUUUCAAAGUCUUCCCUCUGUAGAGCAGUAAAAUCAGUCCGUACAGCACUCAUGAAGUCAUUUGUACCACAUCAUCUUGGACUACAACAUACAACAAGAGAAGAAAUUAUAGAAAAUCAUACAAGACCUCUGGCACAGGAACUUUUUGGUGAUUUUACAAAUAAGAAAGCUAUUGCUGUUUUGGAUGGAACUUAUAUAUAUAUUCAGAAAAGUAACAACUUCCAGUUUCAACGGAAAUCAUAUAGUUUACAUAAAGGCAGGCCCCUUGUUAAACCCAUGGUUGUCACAUCCACAGACGGAUACUUUCUAACAGUUCU